AGCAAGCACUUCCUGUUAGAGUGUUAUUUUGAAAGUGCAAACCGGAACCGCAGUGAUAUUUUAACGUGAGCUUGGCGGCUGUCUGCACUCGGGGGGGCACCGGCCAGUGCGGAAGCUUCGGCGGAGAGCGAAAGGAGGAGGACCGGGUCGGCGAGCCUCUUCCCGGGGCGGGCACUCAGGCUUCCACCUCCGGCCGGUCAUCAGCUGGGUAGCGGCGGCUGCAGACUGGAGGCUCGCUCGGGGGAAGGCAGAAAAGACUUUGCGGCUUCCACAGUGGGGUUUCCCCCGGAGGAGGAGGAGGAGGAGGAGGAGGAGGCGCCGCCGGAGCUCCGAGUCUGGAUGAGCGGGGACUACCGUGCUCGGUGUGGUGCUGGUGUGGGGGGACGUGCUCUGCAGCAUCCGAGCGGGAGCACCAGCGGGAUGCCUCCGCGGUGACGCCACCGUGGCCGGAGGAGCGAAAGGGCCUUGAUUUGAUGGGAGAUUGCGGAGCUCGCUGGGCCGGCGUCGUCGCGCAGCACUCGGGAUGGGGAGGGAGCAGGAGCUCCUGGAGGCCGCCCGCACCGGGAACGUGGCCGCGGUGGAGAAGCUGCUGAGCGGCAAGAGGGGCGUGCUGGGCUCGGGCUCCGCGUCCAUUCCGCUGCCCAACCUGCUGAGCAUGUGGAAGGGCCUCAACGUCAACUGCACCGACAGCUCGGGGUACACGCCGCUGCACCACGCCGCGCUCAACGGCCACAGGGAGGUGGUGCUGAAGCUGCUCCAGUCGGAGGCGUCGGCCAACGCCGCGGACAGCAAGGGCUGCGUCCCGCUGCACCUGGCCGCCUGGCGGGGCGACGUGGACAUCGUGCGCAUCCUGGUCCGGCACGGGCCCUCGCGCUGCCAAGUCAACCAGCAGAACCACGAGCAGGAGACGGCGCUGCACUGCGCGGCCCAGUACGGCCACUCGGACGUGGUGUCGGUUCUGCUGCAGGAGCUGACGGACCCCACCAUGAGGAACAGCCGGCACGAGACCCCCCUGGACCUGGCGGCGCUCUACGGACGCCUGCAGGUGGUGCGCAUGCUGGUGGGCGCCCACCCCAACCUGAUGGGCGUGCCCGGCGGGCGACACACGCCGCUCCACCUGGCCGCCCGCAACGGGCACCGCAGCACGGCGCAGACGCUGCUCCAGGCCGGCAUGGACGUCAACUGCGUGACGGAGAACGGCAGCGCCCUCCACGAGGCCGCCCUCUUCGGGAAAACCGACGUCGUCCGCCUCCUGCUGGACUCAGGGAUCGACACGAAUCUGCGAGACAGCCGAGGAAGGACGGCGCUGGACAUCCUGAGAGAACAUCCGGCGCUCAAAUCGCAGCAGAUCACUGCAAUUAUCCAAAAAUAUGUGACGGAGGAAACGGAGCGCCGGAGCACGGCGGCGGCGGCGGCGGCGGCGGAGGCGGAGGAUCCCGUCCGCAAGUGUCCGGUCCCGGCGCCGCGCACCUCCAUCUCCUCGCCCGCGGCCUCGCCCUCCCUCCGCCACAAAAACGAGGCGGUGACCAGCGAGCUGUCCAAGCUGCUGCACGAGAUCAAAAAGUGCCGCGACCGGGAUUCCUCCUUCGAGGAGCUCUGCCACACCAUCUCCUCGCACUCCAUGGAAAGUUUUGGCAGCGGGCGGCUGUCGGACGAAGAGCCCGACGGCGCUGUGGCGCGUACGCUCAAGCGUCCGACCCCGCCCCUCGCCGAGGACGAGGACCGGGCCGAGAGGAGCUGCGGCCCCGCCGGGUUCUGGGAAGCCUUGACCCCCUGCAACGGCUGCCACAAUCUGGGCUUCUCCAACUUGUCGCAGGAUUCCAGACGUUCGGGGGAGACGCCGGCCUCGCCGUCGCUGGACGUCUUCCCGCCCGAGGACGAGGACGACCCGUACGAGUUGGUGACCACCGCCGUCGCGCGCAAGCCCCGCUCGCUGGACGUCGGCCAGCGCCCCGACGCCUCGCCGCGUAACGGUCACUUGUCCCGCGGAGCCGGCCAGGGGGGGCGCGGUGACCAUGGCAACCGCUCCACAGGCCCCACUCCAGACUGCUCGCCCCCCUCCCCCGACACGGCCCUGAAGAACAUCGAAAGAGUCAUCCGCCCACAGCCCAAACAGCGCACGUCCCUGUCGUCCUCACUGGACGUCCAGCGUCCCGCCAACCACAGCUGCGAUCCCAGCGAGGUCAGCUCGUCCCUGGGCUACGCCAACAUCAGCACCAGCCCCCCGGCGAGCCCCCCGCUCAGCCCCGGCCGGGACCGGGACCGGGGCUCGGCCGGGUCCAACGGCGACUGUCCCCCGGCAGACGACGGGCCGGACCACCGCGACCCGUCGGAGCCGCCCUUAGAGGACCGGCGCAAGAGUCGAAUCCCGGAGGAGUUCGCCGGCCUCCUCCACGGAUCGUCCCCGGCCUGCGAGACCCCGGAAACGCCGUACCACCUCUACGGCCCCAAACCUGGCAAGCACGCCCCGCCCGACCUCGACGCGGCCAUCGCGGCGACGGCCCUUAAGCCCGCCGCCAAACCCCAAGUGGUCUAUCGGACCGUGUUCCACACCAGAGUCAACCGGGACCAGCGCCGGGCGGUCCAGCCGCGGGCUAACGGCGGGGUCGCCGAGCGCGGGGGAGGGAGCGUGCCCAAGGGUCCCGGCUACGAGGAGAGGGCCUGCACCCUGGGCAGGAUGAGGUCCAUGCCCCGGAGCGUGCUGGACUUGCAGCUCUCCAAGUCCCUGUCCAAGUCCGACUCCAACUUGGUCGCCGUUUCGCCCAUCCAGGAGGAGAACGUUUGGGAGUCCGGACCUCGCGGCCAAGACUCCGGGAGUCCGACCGCAGGUGGCGGCGGAACCGCCGCGGCGGUGAAGCUGGAGAGGACCCCCUCGUUUACGGCCGAGUGGGAGGAGAUCGACAAGAUUAUGAGCUCCAUCGGCGCGGGAAUCGGCAGCGGACUGGACGUGAAGGAAGGCGAUUCAGGUCCCCGAUGCCCGCUGCAGUCCGUGGGCCAGUGGCUGGACUCCAUCGGCCUGGUCCAGUACGAGAACCACCUGCUGGCCAACGGCUUCGACAACGUCCAGUUCAUGGGCAGCAACGUGGUGGAGGACCAGGACCUGCUGGAAAUCGGGAUCCUCAACUCGGCCCACAGACAGCGCCUCCUGCAGGCCAUCCGGCUCCUGCCGAGAGUGAGGCCGAUCGGCUACGACGGCAACAACCCCACGUCGGUGGCCGAGUGGCUGGACUCGCUGGAGCUGGGCGACUACACCAAAUCCUUCCUGGUCAACGGCUACACGUCCAUGGAGCUGGUCAAGAAGAUCUGGGAGAUCGAGCUCAUCAACGUUCUGAAGAUUAGUCUGAUCGGUCACAGGAAACGGAUCUUGGCCUCGUUGGGGGACCGCCUGCACGAGGACACGCCCCAGAAGCCCCCGCGGGCGAUCUCCCUCCGGGAGCCCGGCGGCAACCUCACCCCGCCCCAGCUCAGCCCGGCGGCGUACGCGGCGGGGGUCCCGGGCGGCUCCCUGGACGUGCAGCACCUCAUCAUGCAGGCGGACGCGCGGCGCCGGCAGCGCAGCAACGACAACUACUUCGAGGACGUGCCGCGGUCCAAACUGGAGCGGCAGAUGGCCCAAGUCAGCAUGGCGGGCGAGUGGUGCGAGCCCAUCACGUUGCGUCCGCCCAACGAGGCCACCUCGUCCACGCCGGUUCAGUACUGGCAGCACCACCCCGAGAAGCUCAUCUUCCAGUCUUGCGACUACGAAGCCUACUACCUGGGCUCCAUGCUGGUGAAGGAGCUGAGGGGCACCGAGUCCACGCACGACGCCUGCGCCAAGAUGCGGAAGUCGACGGAGCAGAUGAAGAAGGUGCCCACCAUCGUCCUCUCCGUGUCCUACAAGGGAGUCAAGUUCAUCGACGCCACGAACAAGAACAUCAUCGCCGAGCACGAGAUCCGCAACAUCUCGUGCGCCGCUCAGGACCCCGAGGACCUGUCCACCUUCGCCUACAUCACCAAAGACCUCAAGUCCAGCCACCACUACUGCCACGUCUUCACCGCCUUUGACGUGAAUCUGGCGUACGAGAUCAUCCUGACGCUGGGCCAGGCCUUCGAGGUGGCCUACCAGCUGGCCCUGCAGGCGCGCAAGAGCGGCCACGGCUCGUCCACGCUGCCCGAGAGCUUCGACGGCAAGCCCGGCAAACCCGUGCCCAAGCCCCGAGGCCUCAACGUCCGCAAAUCGAUGGAGCAGGCGUCCAUGGAGCAGAAGGGCCACGCCAACGUGCCGUGGAUAGUGGAGCCGGCUCAGGAGGCCAAGAGAGGAGUCAACACCAAGGCAGUGGCGGACGCUCAUGUCUUUUACUGUGGAAAUCAAAGAAUGUAGCCAGCCAUAACACGCACGCUCUUUUCAAAGGACUACAAACAUGGACUCCCUCCCUCUCUCUCUCUCUCUCUCUCUCUCUCUGUCUCUCUCUCUCUCUCUCUCUCUCUCUCUCUCUCUCUCUCCCCCUCACUCGCUCUGUCUCUGUUCCAUAUUGACUACAAACAUGUCCGGACCAACACAACACACACACACACACACACAAACGUGCGGGAGGUAACCACGGAGAUGGACAUGUGGGCAUGUAUCAAUCUUUUUCUGUUGUUUUUUUUUUUUUUUUGGUUUUGUUUGUUUUUUUUCCUCUCAAUGAUUAUAAUUUUGAAUCUUAACCCCGCAAGGCGAGAAGACUUGGUGUCGAUGUUUAAUUCCAACCCGCCCACCGUGAUUAUUAUCUCGUGCAAUGUCGUCCUCAUGUCAUUAUUAUUUUUUUGUACGCGCUCGAGAACGAUGGCCGUCCCCUUUAAAAAAAAAAACAAAAAAAAACAGAAAUCAGAAGCGUGAAUGUGCGGCCGGGCCGGGUCCGGACCGGACCGGGUCGGCCCUCCCUCCUCCUCCUCCUCCUCCUCCUCCUCCUCCUCCUCCUCUCUGGACUCCCGUUCGGGAGUCGAGGCUGUAAAAUGUACAAAUAUUUUGCCAACUCAUUGUUCAUAGCUGUAAUGUAAAA